AUGUUGCAUUACGGUGCUGGAUAUACCCGGCUUCAUCAAUCGGACGGCGUUUUUGGGCGGGAGACAAAGUUAUCCAAAGUGGAUAUGAUCAAUUGCUUUUAUUUCCUAUUCGAGAUCUGCACUGCUGUAAUGGUUGGUUAUUCUGAUUUUCUUGACGGGGUCUUAUGCUUGCAGCUUGUUUCCAUGAUUCUUCUAUCGGGAUGGUCCGCUGUGUUCAUCAAUGAUUACAGGGAGUGUGCAUGA